GAUUUCGUUGUUUUUUGCAGUGCAUCCUACGUGUAUCAGCCUGACAGUAGUUAUGGUGCCGCAUAUACGCAGAUACGACUGGCAGUGUACUGACUGCAAAACGUGCAUCGAAUGCAAGGACCCGGCAGACGAGGAGAGGAUGCUGUUCUGUGAUUUGUGCGACCGCGGGUACCAUAUCUACUGCGUAGGCCUGCGUAAAGUGCCGAAUGGGAGAUGGCAUUGCCAGGUGUGCUCGGUUUGCAACUCGUGCGGUACCACCGAUCCUGGAGGGUCAGACUGGCAACACGAGGUACGUACCAAAAUUUUUU